AUGAACGAGAGGGUCGCGGAGUGGGCGGAUGAAGGACGGUACCUGAUUCGCCAGGCGGAGACGCUGCUGAGUGACGCUGAGCUUUCAGCCAGUUCGCAAAAAGCCCGGGGUGAAUUGGAGAUGUCUCUCACCAUCAAGACCAACUUGGGGCCGCUCAAGGUGGAGCUGUUUUGCGCCCAAACUCCGAAGACGUGCAAGAAUUUCCUGGCACUAGCUGCUUCUGGCUACUAUGACAACACCAACUUUCACAGAAAUAUCAAGGGCUUCAUGAUCCAGGGUGGAGAUCCGACCGGCACUGGCAAAGGUGGUCAGAGCAUUUAUGGCGGCUAUUUCGAGGACGAGUUUGUGUCCACGUUGAAGCAUGAGAGAAGAGGCUGCUUGUCCAUGGUGAACACCGGCCCGAAUACCAACGGCAGCCAGUUCUUUGUGACGUACUCGCGCCAACCCCACCUUAACGGUGUCUACACCACCUUCGGAAGGCUGAUUGAUGGCCUGGACACCCUUGACAAGAUGGAGAAGGAACCCAUCAAUGCCAAGAACAGACCGAUGCGGCCGAUCAAGAUUGAGAGCAUCGUGAUACACGCCAAUCCUAUUGCUGACGAAGAAGCCCAGCAGUGA